GUACCUUAUCCCCACCAGACACUUAAUCAUUCAAGUUAGAAGCAAUCGAAGAAAAACCAUGCUGGUGCUAAUCCCUCUUUCUAUCUUUUUAGUUCAGGCUUCGGCUCAAGCGCCAACCCCGAUACCCGGUGGUAAAAGCGGUUCUGGUACCACCACCAGAUAUUGGGACUGUUGCAAACCGUCCUGCGCGUGGGUCGAGAAUCUUCCAUCUGGUUAUACCAAGGCUGUAGAUACGUGCUCUGCUGAUGGCGUUACUGUUGUGAAUGCGUCUGUUCAAUCCAGCUGUGGUGGAGGUGGGGCUUAUAUGUGCAACGAUCAACAACCAUUUGCCGUCAGCAGUACUUUAGCUUAUGGAUUCGCAGCUGCUUCGUUCACUGGUGGAGCCGACGUCAAUCUAUGCUGCGCUUGUUUCCUGCUCACUUUCCAGGACCAAAUUCAAGGAAAACAAAUGGUAUUGCAAGUUACCAACACUGGUGGCGACUUGGGUCAGAACCAGUUCGACAUCGCACUUCCCGGUGGUGGAGUAGGAAUUUUCACCCAAGGCUGCCAGAGUCAGUGGAAUACUCCAUGGAACGGUUGGGGAAAUCAAUAUGGCGGAGUGAGCUCAAAAUCCGAAUGCUCUCAAUUACCGGAGCAGCUGCAAGCUGGUUGCGAGUUCAGAUUUGACUUUUUCCAAAACGCAGAUAAUCCCCAAGUGCAGUUCCAGCAAGUCGAAUGUCCUUCUGAAAUUUUGAGCCGUUCAAACUGUAGCCCAUAAUUUUAUUUUAAAUACAAGCGUAUAUUUUUUUAUUUGUUUUUUUAUUCAUAUUUUCAUUAUAUAACGAACAA